CUCGGACAAUAACUCUACUAAACGAUAUUUUUACUAUUUCGGAAGAUCUUCUUGGAUCACAGCAUUGUACUUCUUUGACUAAGGUUGUGUAGUAACCAGAAAAAAGGAGCUGUCAUCAUGGUGCUAAUGAUACUGCCAUUCAUUGGAUCAGUGUCGGUAUCUGAGAGUUUGGUGGCCAUGACAACAGUGUGUCUGGUCUACCUGAUCCUCAAGUUUUUCCACACUGAGAUUCCUGAGGGGCUUCGUCGGCUCCCUGGCCCAAAGCCCCUGCCUAUCAUUGGAAAUGUGCUGGAGGUGGGCAGCAAACCUUACCUGAGUCUCACUGCCAUGAGCAAGCGCUACGGCUCUGUGUUUCAGAUCCAGAUCGGCAUGCGCCCUGUGGUCGUGCUGAGUGGCAUUGAAACAGUCCGACAGGCUCUCAUCAAGCAAGGGGAAGAUUUUGCGGGCAGGCCUGACCUGUACAGCUUCAAGUUCAUCAAUGAUGGCAAGAGUCUGGCCUUCAGUACAGACCAGGCCGGCAUCUGGCGUGCCCGCAGAAAGCUAGCCUACAGUGCCCUUCGCUCUUUCUCAACCCUGGAGGGCACGACCCCAGAGUACUCCUGCGUGCUGGAGGAACACAUCUGCAAAGAGGGAGAGUAUCUGGUCAAACAGCUGAACACUGUCAUGAAGGCUGACGGCAGCUUCGACCCCUUCCGCCACAUCGUUGUCUCCGUUGCUAAUGUGAUCUGUGGAAUGUGCUUUGGCCGGCGCUACGACCACAACGACCAGGAGUUGCUCAGUUUGGUGAACCUCAGCGAUGAGUUUGGCCAGGUGGUGGGCAGCGGAAACCCUGCAGACUUCAUCCCUGUUCUUCGGUUCCUGCCCAGCGCAACAAUGAAGAAGUUUGUGAGCAUCAAUGCGCGCUUCAACAAGUUUGUGCAAAAGAUCGUCAGCGAGCACUAUUCCACUUUUGACAAGGACAACAUUCGUGACAUCACAGACUCCCUUAUUGAUCACUGCGAGGACAGGAAGUUGGAUGAGAACUCCAACGUCCAGAUGUCAGAUGAGAAGAUUGUAGGGAUUGUCAAUGACCUGUUUGGCGCUGGUUUUGACACCAUCUCCACAGCUCUGUCUUGGUCGGUGAUGUACUUAGUGGCUUACCCAGAGGUACAAGAAAGGCUUCAUCAAGAACUGAAGGAAAAAGUGGGACUGAACCGCACUCCUCUUCUCUCCGAUAAACCCAACUUACCCUUACUGGAGGCCUUCAUCCUGGAGCUCUUUCGCCACUCUUCAUUCCUGCCCUUCACUAUCCCACACUGCACCACAAAAGACACAUCUCUGAAUGGCUUCUUCAUUCCUAAAGACACAUGUGUCUUCAUCAAUCAGUGGCAGGUCAACCAUGAUCCUGAGCUGUGGAAAGAUCCGUCCUCCUUCAACCCAGAACGCUUCCUGAGCGCUGACGGCACUGAGCUCAACAAGCUGGAAGGGGAGAAGGUGUUGGUUUUUAGCCUGGGAAAGCGCCGUUGCAUCGGCGAGGUCAUUGCACGAAAUGAAGUCUUCCUCUUCUUGGCAAUCAUUGUCCAGAAGCUGCACUUCCUCACCAUGCCUGGAGAGCCACUGGACAUGACCCCAGAAUAUGGUCUCACAAUGAAGCACAAACGCUGCCAGCUGAGAGCCACAAUGCGAGCGAGGAAUGAGCAAUGAUGCUAUUUAUAAUGUGCAAUGUAUAACUCAACACAGUCAGGUUAAGAAUAAGUGAAAGAUACAUCUUUCUCAGAAUGUAAGGCACCAGGAUGCCGAAUUUGAUCACCAGAACUAAUGGCUUUGAUGUAAAUAAGUGAAAUUUGCUUGUUGCAGAUCAUCAGAGAUGUCUAAGUUUGUGUGAACAUAUCUCUGUCAUGUUCUUGAUUCUCUAUGAGAUAUUGCUGCACAUGGUUGGUGCUUCUCAGUGAAGUAUAAGGAGAUACUUGGUUCUCCUGGUCUCUUCUCUGGUAAAUCAAACUGCUUCCAUUCAGAAGUUGUAAAACACAUGGAGAAUAAGUUGCCUUGUUGGGACAUACAGUAUGUUUUACUGGAUAGGCAUUACUAUCUAGGCCACUGCAACCUACAUUUUUCUUCUGUGACGUAAGACUCUGAACUGAACAGACAUUACCUUAUGAUACCAUCUACACUUGUAAGCUAAAUAUUUUAAAUCCAUUAUAAUGUGGAUGUAAGACACUGAAGCUAUAUUUGUAUCCCAAAAUGUGAUUGUGUGUGUGUAUAUCAAGUUCUUUGUAUUUUAUAAAAGUAAUUUUUAUGUGCCUAGCGUUUGUAAUUUGAGGUGAAAUAGUGUUGCUGUGCUAUAUGAUUUAUCAGGACGCCAAAAGAGUUCCAGGGAUUUCUGGAAUAUAUCAGUAGGCUAUACAAUUUUGUAUUUCUUACUCUAUUGUAUCAAUGGUGCAUAAUAUGUAUG